AUGAGUGACGCAUUUUUCAUUUAAUUUUACUUGUGUCUUAUACAAAAUAUACAUAAUUUAAAAUAAUUUGCAAUAAUACAGAUAAUUUAAUUAGCAUAUUCAGAUAUGUCGUUUAUUACAGGUAGUCAUAAAAAAAAAUUGGAUUUUGUGACUGGGGUGGCAACAGAUAAAUGUAAAAUUAUUAAUAUAGAAGCAACUAAAUUUGUUAUACAAAGACAAUCGUACCUUGAUAAUGUUAAAGAUGUAUCUUCUAAUUCAGUAUUGGAUAAUAAUGUCAAAAGCCAGUUGUUUUCCACUUUUUCCAAAGUAGAAAACGUUAAAACAAACAAUAUAAACAACUUAAAUUCUGCACAUAUGAAUAAUACUGAAAUACAAGAGAAUGAUAAUGAAAGUAAUGAUCCUGAUUAUGAUCCUGAUUAUAUACAAAGUGAACAAUCGUCAAUUACUAGUGAUUUUGAAGAAACAGACAAAUUAGAUGCGUGUGAAGAUGAUAGUAAAUGUAAUAAGCGUUUUUCUAAUACACAAAACAACGACUCGGCAAUAUCUACAGGCAUAGAUGUGAGUAAUAAUCAGGCAUGCGAAAUUCGGCAAGAUGAUCAAACAGAAAUACCUACAAAACUUACUGGCACGAAAAAAUAUAUGUGUGUCUUCUGUCACAAAAUGCAAACAAAGAUUGCUCGACAUUUGGAAUUAAUUCAUUCUGAGGAACCUGACGUUCAAAAGUUCAAAUAUUUACCUAAAGGUUGUAGUGAAAGAAGAAAAAUUAUCGAUAGUUUAAGAAAACAAGGAAAUUUUAAAUUUAAUAUUAAUAAACAGUAUGAAAAUAAAGGAUUUAUUCCAUGUAGGCGGCCAAGAGAAAAUAAUCCUAAAUUACUUAAAAAUUAUUUGGCAUGUGGAAGUUGCAAGGGCCACUAUUUGAAAUCAUCAAUAAGACAUCAUUUUAGAAAAUGUACAGGUCGGAGUGGAAAGCAAAGUCGUAUUGUUAAAGUAAUGGGUCGGAGGAUAGAGGGCAAAUGUCAUAAAGAAGCUGAUGAGAAAGUACGGCGAUUAAUAUUACCAACAAUGAGAAGUGAUGGCGUAUCAUAUAAUAUUCGUUACGAUGAUUUACUGAUAUUAUACGCAAACACCCAGUCUAAAAAAUAUAGGCAUUCAACGCAUCAUAUAAAAAUGAUUCGAGCUCGACUGCGCCUUGUAACUCGCCUAUUGAUAGCAAUGAAGAGUAUUGAUAAUAAUAUAACAUCUUUAACUUCUAUUUAUGAUCCAAAAUAUUAUGAUACUUUUAUAGACGCUGUAAAUAUUGUUGCACAAUAUAACAAAGAAAAAGAUAUCUAUGAAAAACCUGCUAAUGCAUCUAACCUUGGUACUUACGUGAAGCAUAUAGGCGAGCUCUUAAUAACAAAAUGCAUAAAAGAACAUAAUGAUACUAUGAAAAUAAAUACGAAAAACUUUUUAAAACUCUUGACCGUUGAUUAUGGAUCAAGUGUUAACAAAACUGUAGUCGAAUCUCAAACUCAAUUUAAAAGACAAAAGAGCACAAAACUUCCUACAAUUAAUGAUAUAAAAACAUUGCGCAGUUAUCUAUUGAAAGUGCAAAGAGAAUCAUACAAUAAAUUGCAAAACAAAUUUCUAUUAUCUGCAUGGAUUUCUCUUGGAGAAGCUACUUUAACAUCAAUACAAUUGUUUAACCGUCGUCGGCCAGGAGAAACUGAACGAAUAUUAAUUUCCUAUUUUGAAAAUUACGAAAAAAUUAAUGACAAUAUCGAAACAUUCAAUGGAUUACCUACAGAUAAAAAAGAACAAGCACAAAAAUAUGUGCGAUUUUGUAUUCGUGGAAAAAAAGGAAGAACAGUUCCUGUAAUACUAGACGAACUGAAUUUGAAAUGUUUACGAACAUUUUUACAGUUCAGACAUGAAGCUAAAGUACAUCCAUCAAAUCCUUACUUAUUUGGUAUUCCAGGACAUGACAAAGCUAUUGAAAAAUAUUUAUGUGCAUAUAAAGUUUUGAAGCGUUUUGCUAAAGAGAGCGGAAGCGAAUUUCCUGAAACAAUAAGUAGUACCAAACUUAGAAAACAUAUAGCCACUAUGGGAAUUACGCUUAAUUUAACAGACAACCAGAUUACAGAUUUGGCCAAUUUCAUGGGCCAUCAUGAAAAAAUACACAAAGAAGUGUACAGAAAUCCUGUAAUAGUUAAGGACAUUACAGAAAUCUCACAACUUUUAGAAGCUGCACAAGGUGUAAGAGAUGAAGCAAACAAUUUAAUUGAUGAAACUGACAGUGAGGACGCAAGCGAGACUGAAAAUAGUACAGAUAUGACGGAAAAUGAUGACACCUUUCCAGAAGUUAACUUGCAACAAUCAAAUGACAGCUCAUCAUCUUUCUCAACAUAUAAGGAACGUACAAAGACUGAAUUAAAAGCAAUACGGAAAAAAACUCGCAAAUCAAAAGAUGAACCUAUUAAACGAACAGCUUGGACAGAAGAUGAAAAAAGAAUUAUACUAGAAACAUUUAAAACAUCAUUACAAACAGAUACAACAAUAACUGGAAAAGAAAUGCAAAAUCUCAUAUCUAUCACUCCUUGUCUGGCUCAACGAACAGUUCCACAAAUGAGAGCAUGGAUAUAUUCGCAAAAAAAAAAAUUUUAAUAAGUUUGAAAAUUAUUUACUACAAAAAUUGUCAUACUACUUUUUCA